GACUAACACGUGACUGUGACGUACAACAGGAAGCGUUGCAGCCUGAGCGUGUAUAUUUGUUUACUGCUGCGAGUACUCCGUCUACACUCCACCGGUUUAGACUUUUAUGAAUGAAAAGUGUCACAAUUUCAGGCAAAAUAGCCAAAACUUGGGGCGUCUUAUACCGACGGAUAACAGUGUUGUGUCUGUGACGUUUAAGCCGUAAAAAAUGGGAACAGCCUCCGCUAACAAGACAUGCUAAAGUUACGCUUUAUUAGUCUGCUAACUCCCAAGGUACCUUUCACUUUACAUCGUCGACUGUCUCAGACUGUCACUAUUUUACCCUCCUUUUGCAAACUGCACAGUUGAGCAUCACGCUUGGGACUUUAAUGAUACUUCUUACACGUUAGCCUGCAGGCAGAGAAGCUAACAUGGGACCAACACAGGACAGGGUGACCUCUCACUACAACACCCUGAAAUGAUAAGGUAUGACUCCAGACUGUCUAAAGAUAACAAUAUCUUAUCGAGCUUCUUUUAUAGUCAUAUAAAUUCUCUGCUGUUGAUACGGUUGCGUAUAGAAAGAUUAGAAUAUCGUCGUAUGAUUCGAUUUACAACACAACUUUGAUUCAAAAGAUAAACUCAUAUAUUCUACAUUUAUUGCACAUAAAGUGGAUUAUAUUAAGCCUUGAAUUGUUUGAAUAGGAAUGAAUCUAACAUAUAGUGAAUUGUGGAUUGCAAAUGGCAUGAGAUUUUCCCAGAUUAAUCUAAAAAGUACAGAAAUGUUCAACCUCUGCAAUUAAAGUGCAUUUAUACUAGUGAUGGGCAUGGCAGUUCUUUUAGAUGUACUGAAUCACUAGAAUCAGUUCACUAUAAAGAUUUGUUCAAAAGAUUCGUUCAUCAACUCACCAUAUCAUUCAGUGCAUGGCGGGAGGAGUCUGUGACUCCGACCUCCUGAACUGAUACACAGCUGAACGGUUCAGGAUUCAGUUUCGACAAGAGUGUUUGGCUGUGUUGCUUUGGCAAACAGGUUUGUAAAAAUGAACUUGUUUACAAGUCAUGAUGUUUUAAGUGUACUGUCCUAUGGUAUGCUAUGUAUCAGGUCUGCUCGGUAAAAUGGGCUCAAUGAGUGAUUUAGCAGUAAAAAAUUCCAAAAAAGUUAGUUUUGUCUGACAAAAAAAUGAUUCCAGAGAGUGUAGUUUGAUGCGUGAUUCCUUUACCAAGUGAUUCAGGCGUCGGUGCAUACGAUCCCUCGUUCGCCAGCUGCUCGCCUAGCAAUGCUGUGUGCGAUAGCAUCUGCCCUGCUGACAGCUCAGCUGAAGUGAGAAACGAACGAAUCACUUGAGGAAGUGAUUCGGUUCAGUACGUUCACGUAAAAGAUUUGGUUCUUUUGGACGAAUCGUUCGCGAACGACAACACUAAUGUAUACUCUCAAUACUCAGUUUUGGCACACUGCACUUAAUGAUGUUAGCCUUAAGAAGGUUUCUUUGACUGUGGCAUUUAGCUGGUCUGUACGUCACCAUCUUGUCAGAUAUCCCAUAGAUGUUCUCCGAGGAUCAGAGCAGGCGAGUUUGCUGUCAGAUCUUGUAGAGUAAUACCAUAAGUCUGAGGGAUACACUUUCAUGGCGACCGUUGUUCCCUGUUGUUUUAACAGAUUUGGUUCCCAAUUAAAAAAAGUAAAAACAUUAGGCUGGAAGUAAUGAGAAAGGAGUGAUGAAGGGAGGAUGUGAUCUGAACUGAAUCCUGAACCAUUCAGCGAAUCUUUUGAACAAAUCUUUUUAAUUUACUGAUUCUAGUGAUUUAGUACAUCUAAAAGAACUGCCGUGCCCAUCACUACUAAGUCAAAAUAUCUCCCGCAUGACCUUUCAUACCUCUGAAUCUCAUCCCUAAACUUACUUUUAUUCCUCGGCUGUCUGUGCAGUCUUUGUUAUUCCAUGCUGUCUUUUUAAAAUUCCUUGUACUGUGUUUGCAGGGGUUGUACCGGCUUCAAUGUGUUUUUGUUUGUUUUUAUGAGUUAUUUGGUUCACUGUGCUCUAUUUUUGUAUUUCACUGCAUUUUUAAUUGUGCUUUUUUUGUCCUACUUUGAAUCACUGGUGAAAAUCAUUGUUCAAUUGUGCUGUACAAAUAUAUGGAUUGGUUCGGAUCAGAUAAACAAGCUUGCCUCGUUACAGGGACCAAAUGAUGUCACAGAAUGACCAGAGACCCGGUGCAUCAUGGCAUUAUCUGAAGUUUACUGGGACCGCCACAUACCCCUACCAAAACUUGCUCCAGUCCAGGCCAAGGUCACAGUCGCCCUGGUUGCACUCCUGUGCUUUAUCAACAGUUAUGAUGGGGAGUUUGUGUUUGAUGACUCCGAAGCGAUUGUCAAUAACAAGGUACUUUUAUUAGUGUCCAGAUGCCCUCUUUCAUAUGUCUUCAUUUGUUCAUCUGCAGAGUGAUGUUCUGUUUAUGUUAGUGGUGCUGUCAUCAUUCAGUUUUUGCUUUUUUUAUUUGUUUCUGUUUCAGGACUUGAGACCAAGCACACCUCUGAACAACAUCUGGAGCAAUGACUUCUGGGGAAGCAACCUGAGUAGCAACUCUAGUCACAAAUCCUACAGACCUCUCACUGUCCUAACAUUUAGGUGAGAGCACACAUCAACUAUCAACUCUUCAACCAGUAGAGUGAAUGGUGUUUUACAGUAAGUUCUGGUUUGUCUGGAACACCAGAAUUUCGUCUGCACGUGUGUAUUUGAUGUUACAAUCGCAGUUUAUAGAUUGCGCUAACUUUACAGUUGUAUUUAAGGUCAACUGAGCAAACAUCUCACAAUAGUUUUUGAAAGCCAUCCAUGAGUUUGACGUAUUUUGUUUUGCAAAAUAGAGUCCAUGCAGGUGCCUUAGAAAGAAGCGGUUUUGAUCCCUGGAUGGGGAGAUGGCAGAUUUGCCAUUUUGGAGCUGAUGGGUUCUUCCAUUUUGUCCAUCUGUGUCCGUGGUCUGUAAGACUGUACUAGCAUUAGCUCCUAAUUUCCAGAUGCUUUAACCAGACUCUGCUUGGGCUUUGACUGAAAAAAAAAAUACAGGUUGUAGUCCUGUACCAAAUCUGUAGUUUAGUUGUUGGUAUCCAAGAGACACAAUGCCACUCCUUAAGUGUGGCAUUGUGUCUCUUGGACCCAGUGCAGAUUUAUCUUCCUCUGGUGCAAAGGUGAGCAGCUGGCCUCCUCAGGCACUGCUUCACCUGCCUGUAGCUGAUACUCUUCCUGGAAAGUAUAAUUAAGGGUUUCUGGAGUAUUUAUAAGUUGACUUGCUCUUCUUGGAGCAGCUUCACCAAAAACAUUAAACUGUAAGUUUCUGUGAGGUUGAAUGUUUUGCAAAGGCUUUACAGAAACUGCCAACCUGUUGAAUUGCUGUGCUGCUCUGUCACAGAACCAUUAUCCUAACCUUUAUAAGUUUCUUAUUAUAUAUGAACCUUUCUGCAGGCUGAGCUACCUCUUGGCAGGAGGCCUGCACCCUGUCAGCUUCCAUGUACCAAACAUCAUCCUCCAUGCAGUCAUUUCUGCUCUUAUGGUUGACCUGUUUGCUAUCCUGAUUGGUGGACUGGCUUAUGAUACAAAUGCUUGGUUGAUGAACAACGCCCCCAAGACCUCUCUGCUGGCUGCUCUUUUCUUUGCUGCACACCCCAUUCACACAGAAAGUGUAAGUACCUUUCAGAUUUGACGUGGUUAAUUUUGUUCUUCAGAAUUUCUGCAUGCUGGUCCUUCACUUUCUAUUGUUCUCUUUAAAGCAGUGCAACAGGCUGCGUGUUAGUACAUAGGACAAUGGAGGUAACAACAGUGAGUACUUACUGUAUACAGGAAAGCAUUAGCAUGCUGACUAUAGCGUGUUUUCCCAGUAGGUAUUCCAAAGUACAGAAAAGUGUUGUUAUCGUACCUGGAGUUAGAAAUGUUGACAGUUACCGGCAAGUUAUUCAAGUAACUUUUAACAAGCUCAUCAAAGAUAGAUAUAUAGGUCAUGGUUGUUAUUCUGAUGCAUCAGUUGUGCUUCAUAAUGCAAGCCCACUUUCUUGUUUAUGAACCUGGACUGAGUCAUGAACUGUUGCUGAUGUGUCCACAGCAAUCCCUUUGAGAAAAUGCGCUGUUCAGGAUUUUGGGUCACAAACAAACAUGGACUCCCUACAGCAGCACAUCAUGGCAUCCUGGCAUAGAAGUCUGAAGGUUUUAAUACUAAACAUGCAGUGGUACCAUGCCAAGAACAAAAGCCCCGCCACAGCUGGGAGCGCAGGGCCGAGGAUCCGUGUGUUAGCACGGCCUGACUAUUAGCUGUGUUGGGAUGCUUAUUGACCUGCCAGAAUAUGUGUGUUGUUGCUGUAAAGCCUGGCUGGAAGGCAGCAGUUCCCCCUCUCCAUUCGCUUUAAUCAUACAGGUCAAGGACUGGGUGAGACCUGGGGGGUGGGAGGCAGGCAGCCUGUUGGCUUUGGCCUGCUGUAUGUAUCAAAGCAAGCAACCCCAGGAUGCCAACCAUACUGUACCCACACACUGUAUAGAGCACACACACAAAUAAAGCCUGCUGGUAAUGAGAGCUUCUUCCUGCCUCUGUUAAUAAGCCUCCAUUUGUUCCUGGAUGUAAGACAGAGUGUGAUAGAAACAAAAUGUGCUAAUUUAUUAAAGGAUGCAAAUGCUGUUACUAUUUUUUAAGUAUUUUUCAUCAUGUAAACUUUCUUUUUCUUUUUGUUCCCUACACUAGGUGGCUGGUAUUGUGGGCCGCGCAGAUCUUUUGUGUGCCCUGUUCUUCCAGCUCUCUUUCCUCACCUACUGCAAAGCUUUCAACAGAGGUAUGUACCUAACACAGCCAUUACUCUUUACUGCAGCACCGUACUGUACAGGGAGCUGUCUAUAUGUGCUGAUGAACACAGUGCCAGCAUCAAACACUCUGGAGCUGUUUGUUUAUGAACUCAUCUGUUUGAACAGUAACUUUUUUUAAGCCUGAACUGUCCUUAACCAGCUCCGGCCUUUGUUUCCUCAGGGAGCGACAGAGAUGACAGGUUUUCUGUGCAGUGGGUUAUGGUCAGCCUCUUGCUGUGUGCUGCAGCGAUGCUCUGCAAAGAACAAGGCAUCACAGUCUUGGUACAAAGUCUUUUUUUUUGUUUGUCUGUUUUUUUUUAAAGUUAUGAUGACUUCAUGGACCCAGUAAACACAGUGUUUUAAGGAGGACCUCAAAAAGUGAAACAUGAGGAAAACUUGCAGAAAAAAAACUUGAUUUAGGCAGUCUAGUUAAUCUAAUGUUAUUGUUUUUUCUCUUGUUUUAUACAUUAAACUCUUGUUUUCCACAGUCAAGAUAGUUAGAGUUGAUCCUGUUCAGAUACCAGUUUGGAAACUGCCUCAAUCACAGCAUUAAUGUGCUGCCUGUUCUUGUCCAGUACGCAUCCAUCUGAUCGUGUUAUUUUUAGCCUAACCCUCCAAAAAUAUGAACAUGAACUAACUAAACUGCAAUAAUAUGCCACUAACGUUAUUAAGCAGGAAAAAUAACAGAUUCCUGGUAUCCUUGGCAUAAAGGCAUAAAGUUGAGAAGAGGAGGGAGACAGGAGGAGGUGGAUUAUAUGUAUACAUGUAUAUAUGUAUAUAUGUAUGGAUAUGUGUAUAUGUAUGACUACGGGAUUUAAGUUCAGGCAGUCUAAAUGCAUCGACAGGCUGAUGUGAUGAAAUGCAUAAAGCGUAUGACUUCAUUUUGUGUUACUAAAAAUGCAACAUUAGGGUUUUGACCUGUCUCAUUUACGUCUACAACAUACUGCUCCAGCUGCUGAUCAGUAUUGCAUGUUGAGAGACAUGGGCAGGUUGUAUUAGAUGAAAAGAGGACACUUGAUAACAUGACCUCAUCAGGGUGAGCUUACCUUGAUAGAUUAUCCAGGUAAGAAUAAAGCAAUCAGCUCUGGGUUUAGAUUGAAGAGGCUUCUGCUCAGAUCUUGCUCCAUGUUGCAGUCACUCUGGUUUUAGGUUAACUAUUAGAAAAAUAAUUACAACAGGGGACAGCAGGGAGGGUAGUUUAGUCCAAGCCGGGAAAAUAUUGACAGUUAAUGUUAUCUCUUUGGUAUUUUGCACCCUUUAUUAAUUACACUUGAAUGGGAGGGUUACUGGCUCAAUAACGUAAGGUAUUGGAAGAAAAAAGGUCGUGGGACAUUCUUGUUUCACAUGUCAGAACCCUCACACUGUCCCGGGACAAGCAAAAACAAAGUGAAACAACAAAUAAUUAUGUGUAUGAAUCUUUUUAUUGGAUUGGUCUUAUAGAGGGGUUGUAUGAGGCAUGAGCUCAGGUCUAGGUUUGAGAAUCAGUUUCCAGAAAGGAGAAAAAAAAGGUCCUGGAACGUGUCUAAUAAUCGAAGCUUGAGCUCUAUUUUUCUGCUGACCUAUAUACAUUUUAAAUGCCAUUUCCACAACCUCCUCCAUCUAUUUUCCUCCAGGGUGUGAAUGCAGCCUUUGAUGUCCUCCUGAUCUGUAAUGUUAAUGUGUAUGAACUCAGCCAGAGGCUACUCCUGAGGAAAAAUUCACUCGAUGUGAGUUACAGUUCAGUCCCCCUCCCCCUCUUUUCCGCCAUAAAUUAUGCACUUCUCUGUAUGAUUACUGUCAUAUCACAUACAUCCUCAAUGUAAAGCAAUGGGGCUUUUUGGUUCAUUGUGAUCAUGUAACCGAGCCAGAGAGCGCCCACUACAUGUGUAGUUUUAUCUGUCAGUGACAUGUGAUUUUAUUUUCCCUGACAGGUAAGUGAGAUAUUGCGAACAGGACUGCUAACACGGUUGGCUCUCAUGGGUCUCGGAGGACUCUCUAUGCUCUAUGCACGCUGGAGGAUCAUGGGAACAGGACCACCAGCAUUUACUGAAGUAGAUAAUCCAGCGUCUUUUGAAGAAAAUCUAUUUCUUAGAGUGAGUACAGUUACUAUUUGUCAUUUGGUGUGAACUGUAGCACAGUUUCACCCCGAAAUGUCAUAUUUAAUCAGAAAUUUUAGUCUAAACAUAAGUUGAAUAUGUCUCUUUCCUUAUUAACCAUCAUUAUUUUUUAAAAACACUGAUUGACUUUUUUUUUUUCCCCAAUCUAAAAAUACUCCUCCCUUUCUUCCUCCCACUCUGCACCCCUCCUGUUCCCCUUUGAUUGGCAGAUUGUGAACUAUAAUUACUACUACUCUCUGAAUGCCUGGCUGCUGCUGUGUCCCUGGUGGCUGUGUUUUGAUUGGUCCAUGGGCUGUGUGCCUCUCAUUAAGUCAGCCACUGAUUGGAGGAUGGUGUGGCUGCUGCUGCUCUGGUGCGUCCUGAUAGGCUUGAUAAGUCAAGCCCUAUGCUCGCAGGACAGCCAGAGAAGGAGGUAAGAAAGCAGAACCGGCUCUAACACACCCAGUGUGGACGAGACGGAGUAGAUGUUGGCCUCUCUAGACUUGGACGCGAUUAUGAAAAUUGUCUUAUCCAUCGCAGUGUGACGAGAACAAAAUCUCAAUUGAGGUUAAAAUUCUCUGUUGGCUCACAGAGAAAGUUUUCUGUGUUUUUAGGAGUUUUUGGAGUUGAUGUUGAGACAAAAUGAGCAUCAGAGCACGAUGUCCAUGUAUAUAAUCCUUUGGCCUUUUCUUUGCCCUCUCUCUCCCUGCUAGGACACUGACCUUGGGCCUGGUGCUGCUCGUAGUCCCCUUUCUGCCCGCCUGUAACAUAUUUUUCAGGGUGGGCUUCGUCAUUGCAGAGAGAGUGCUCUACCUCUCUUCGGCUGGCUACUGCUUACUGCUGGCCUACUCACUGGGACACUGCUGCUACCGCUGGUCUAAACACAAGGUUGGUCUGAUAAAUACCAAAAACAUAACACAAAAUAAAGGACACCACAUCCUGCUGAACCUUUAGCUUCCAGCAAAGUUUCAACUCUGUGAACUUUCAGUUUCUGUCAGCAUUGUCACUUUAUCCUGUUUCAAACUCUUUUAUUUAACCACCUAUUCCGGCUGCUUUAAGGAUUCAGGAAGUCAGUCAUACAGAUUUAGGCCUGACAUUAGAAAACAGUUAUGAUUCACCUACAAAUGGAUGACAGCAGCAGCAGCAGGUGGUGUCCUCGUGUGACUUAUAAACCUCAGGAUUCAGAACAAAACGCAGAUCAAGGAACAUGAAUCAAGUCAUUUUUCAGAUCCGCUUAAAAACAAAGACAUUUGAAAUUUAACUUUUUUGUUCCUCCAACUGUGUAUUAAAAGGCCAACAUAACACACUAUCUCUUACAUCUCUGUAACAAGGUUUUCCACUCGCAUUAUUCAACAGAAGUCGUAUAGAUGCAGUGGUUAAGAUCUAAAGAUAUUAACAAAGCAGACUUGGUAGAAAUUGGAUUUUUAGUGUAUAAUAACCUGCAGAUGGUUUGUUGUGUUGAGAGCCUUAAAUAUUUGUAUCCCAGCUCUCCUCACCUUUUUAGGCUUCACUCACAGUGUGUAAUGCCAACAUUAAAUUAGAUAAAUUUGCUCUUUUUGCUUGUAGCGUUGAUAAAAGUGAAAUCAAAAGUUGUGUACUUUCAGAGGAAGGCAUGUUGUGCUCAAGUGUUUCCUUUUUUCUCCUCUCCCCCUCUCUAGAAGCUGCUUUUUGUGCCCAUGUUCGCGUUGUUGUGUGUGUAUGUAGCUCGCUGCGCUCUGCGUAGUCACCAGUGGCGAUCAGAGCAAAGCCUCUUCACCAGCGCCCUAUCUGUCUGUCCACUCAAUGCCAAGGUAAAACCUCCCCCGUUUAUAUAGUCAGUUUAAGUCCACAUGAAUUAUGUUCCACAAAGAAACUACACAUACACUCUGAUACCCUGUGUGUUGACUCCACAGGUCCAUUAUAACGUUGGUAAGAACCUGGCAGACCGAGGGAACGCAACCACUGCCAUCAAAUAUUACAGAGAAGCUGUCAGGUAUGUCCUUAUAAAAGCAGCGAGGAUUAUUCUUGAGCAUUUAAUCAUGGCCGUUUGUUUGAGAAAGCACCACGUCAGGUUAACCACCGUUUUUGUUGAUUGCAGGCUUCAUCCAACCUACGUCCACGCCAUGAACAACCUGGGGAAUAUCCUGAAGGAGAGGAAUGAACUGAUCGAGGCAGAGCAGCUGUUGUCUAAAGCUGUUUCUAUUCAGUGCGUCACCCAGCACAUAAUUACCGCUCCACCUUUCACUACACAUCAACGACCAUGUCAUUAGAUAAUUCCAAAACUAAAUUAUCUUAAAACAGCUCCCUACUGAUUACUUAAUGUUGUUUUUUAAUCUGUGCAGGCCUGAUUUUGCUGCAGCCUGGAUGAAUCUGGGAAUAGUUCAGAACAGCCUGCAGAAGUUUGAGGAAGCAGAGCAGAGCUACUGGAACGCCAUCCGCUUCAGGAAGAAAUACCCAGACUGCUACUACAACCUGGGACGCUUGGUGAGACUCUGACAUAAGAUGGUGUUUAUCAGAAGGAGUUUGAAAUACUUUACAACAAAAAUCAAGUUUAUGAUCACUUAGGAAUCAAUUCAAAUCCAGUAUAGUUAAUUAUAUUUUAGAUGUUUUUCUCCUUCUUCUCUCCGGUUCUGAUAGUACGCUGACCAAAACAGACAUGUGGAUGCCUUGAACGCGUGGAGAAACGCAACAGUGCUAAAACCCGACCAUAGUCUGGCCUGGAACAACAUGGUCAUCUUACUGGACAACACUGGUGUGAACAAAAAAAUCAAACACACUAACAAAGACACAUAGACUUAAUCAUUAAGUCAAACUCCAAGUCAUUGAUAUAUUAUUUCAAACCCAAAUGAACAGCAAUAUGUUCUCCGUAAAACAGCAGAACCUACACAGUUAGUGCAAAGAGUAUCAAUGUAAUGGUUUAAAUCCCAAAAGUUAAGACUUUGGAGAGUAACUUAAUGUUUUUAAAAGGUAAAAAUUUACACAGGGUGAAAGUUUUAGAAGAAAAACAUUAUUUUAUAGCGUAACAAAGACUUUCAGGCAUUAUAAAUACAACACAAACAUUUUCAGUCAUGUUUCUGACAGUUGUAUUGUUCUUGUAGGUUAUAAUAGGGAAUUGGCUUCAAUUAUGAUCCAUUUCACAUCCAGUUAAAAACUCUUUACAGGAGCUUUAAAAUGAGUGUUUUGAUCACUUAACCUUUUUAAUGAUUUUAUCAACAUUUUUUAAGCUUUUAUUGUAUUUUGCUGUUUCUCAAAUCUGGUGAUGCCAAAGUCUUAUCAAUCUUUAUUUUGUUUUGUAUUGUGAUAAAAAAAAGAAGGUCAUGCAUAACACAAAACUUACCUUGUUUGGAUCAGUAGCUGUGUAAAAGGUAUAGUGACAUGUAGAACUUUGAUUUAAGAGACAUACAUGAAUAAGCCAAAAAGAUUAAUUUUACAAAAAUUUAGACAUUUGUUCAUUUUAUUUUCAAACAGCUCUCUGUGUUCAUGUUGAUCCUGUUCCAGCUUUAACAGCCAAGUAACACAGCGUUUGUUAUUUUGGAGAGGCAGGAAAUCUAAAUGGCCAACAAGAUUAGACCGGAAGAGCAGGAAUCAGUAAUGCUUGAAAUUUAUGUAUUAAAGCUUUGUGUUGUGAGUUUUGAAGGCACUCUUCCCUGCCGUGUGGAGAAUGCUCUGAUUUCCAAACGCUCGAGCCGUUUUGUCAGAAGCUGCUCCCGUGGGGGCGGAGUCUCCCUGGAGGGCACUGGAACUGUCCAAUCAGGGCCCAGUGUGCUCCUGAUCAAACGUGGGCAAGCACAGCCAGAACAGCGCCCCCUCAGAGUCUCCCCACCGCAUUUGUUCCCCCAAAUCUGACAGAAAUAAUUCUACCCCUCUCUCCCCAGCUCCCCGGCAAACAACAAAAAGAGGGAAAAGAAGAACAAUAGGUGUCAUUUUCAAAUAGCACAGAAUCCAGAAUAUUCUCUCCUCUUUGGUGUUCACCCCUCCUCUUUGGUUUUGUUCAUUCCACAAACAAAAGGCAGAAUCAGUGCAGAUUCAGAAAGAUCCAGACAGACAUGUAGUCACAUAUUGAUAGGCUGUGUCUGAAGGGCAGCAGCCAUGACUCAGGACAUGUCUCAGGACUGUCAUUGUUUCUGUCUGUAUGUGUCUCUGCCUGUCUAUCUGUCUGUCUGUCUGUCCGUCUGUAUGUAUGUAUGUAUGUAUGUCUGUCUGUCUCUGUCUCUCUCUCUCUCUCUUUCUACAUUUCUGGCCAGACAUCAGACGGCUCUGUGACAGAGAUCAAUAACCCAGUGGGCCUUGUGUUCAACCUUAAUUAGGAGCUAAACCGCUCCUCCAUGUGUGGAGAAGGAAAAACUCUGCUCUAGACACUGCUGACAAAUAAAGCAAGCAGUCAGAUUCUAGCAGAUACCUGCUGUUAUUACUGUUGUAUCUGCGGUUAUUACUGUGUGUGGAAUUUAGCAGCAAAUUUGUUUGAAAUAUCGUUUAGAUUUUACUUAAAAUACAGCUGUAGGUGUUGUAAGUAUGGAAUCAAAAAAGUCAAUUUCUACCACAUUUGUUUUCUUUUCUUUCUAUCGUAAAGGUAACUUGGGUCAAGCAGAGCUGAUUGGUCGUGAGGCUCUGAGGGUCAUCCCUAAUGACCACACCAUCAUGUUUUCAUUGGCUAAUGUGCUGGGGAAACUGCAGAAGUACAAGGUCAGUCAGUGCCAUACAAAUAUUUAAACAAGUUAUCGUUUUUAAUGCACAGGGGAACUUAUCUAUUUCUCCAGCGUGUCUGAGCCUGUUUUUCUCGUCUUUUUUCCCUUUUAAAUGUGAAAUAAUGAGACAAAAUAAUCACAUGAAAGCUAAACAACAGGGAAACCUAACAAAACAAAGCCUUAAAGAGAGAUGGACAGAAAAUGAAAGUUCCAGUGGUUAAUGGUUUAUAGUAGUGAUAGUACACAAAAAAAAACCAAAUAUUAUAUAUACCCAAAUAUAAAUAUAUCUAUGCUUGAGAGCUUUUUUUAUUUCUGUCAUUAAUUGGCUCGCUGUAUUUCUUUGUCAGUCUGUUAGUCUUGUUAUACUCUGUUUAUAUUUUCUUCCUCUCCCUACUCUAUAAGGAAGAAGUUACCCAGCUCUUAAACCAGUUAAUACAACUUACCAUAUUAUACCAUGAUUAAAUUGUAAUAGUAAAGUAUGAUUGAAAAAUGUUAUAGUAUAGUAUGAUUAAAAAUGCCAAAGUAUUGUAUGAUAAAAAAAUAUAUAUAUAGUAUAGUAUGAUAAAAAAAUCACUAUAUUUUAUAAAAAAAAAUGUCGAAGUAUAGAAUGAUUAAUGUGUAAUAGUAUAGUAUGAUAAAAAAUUGUAGUAAAGCAUGAUAAAAAUGUCAUAGUAUAGUAUGACAAAAAAUGUCAUUCUAUUGUAUGACUUAAAAUGUAAUAGUAUAGUAUAAUAAAAAAAAAACACUUUAUAGUGUGAUAAAAAAAAAUGUCAGUAAAGUAUAAAAAAGUUUUCAAAGUAUAGUAUGAUAAAAAUGUCAUAGUAUAGUUUGAUAAAAAUUUUAUGGUAUAGUAUUAUAAAAAUGUCAUAGUAUAGUUUGAUAAAAAUUUUAUGGUGUAGUAUUAUAAAAAUCUCAUGAUAAAGUAUGAUAAAAAAAAGUCAUAGUGAAGUAUGAUAAAAAAAUCAUUGUAUUGAAUGAUAAAAAUGUCAUAGAAUAGAAUGAUUAAUGUGUAAUAGUAUAGUAUAAUAAAAAAAUAUAGUAAAGCAUGAUAAAAAUGUCAUAGUAUAGUAUGACAAAAAUGUCAAAAUAUUGUAUUAUUUAAAACGUAAUAGUAUAGUAUGAAAAAAAAUGGCAUUCUGUUGUAUGAUAAAAAUGUCAUAGUAUAGUAUGAUAAAAAUUUCUUAGUAUUGUAUGAUAAAAAAAAGUCAUGGUAUAAUAUUUUUAAAAAUGUCAUAAUUUUUUAUAGUAAAAAAGCAUAGUUUAGUAUGAUAAAAAAUGUCAUUGCAUAGUAUGAUAAAUGAUGUGAUAGUACAGUAUGCUAAAAUAUAGAUAUACAUAAAGAUAUAAAUUAAAAUGUCAUAGUAUAGCAUUAUAAAAAAACAUAGUAUAGUAUGUUUAAAAAAUUCAAAAUUAGUAAAAUAAAGAAAAUGGGACUCCAGAAAUUGAUAACUUUCAGAAAUGAGGUUGAGCAUAUGAUCAUUUAAGUUCUGUGAUUGUGUUACUUUCACCCUUUUUUGGUGUCUAGAAUCCAUAAUAGUUACUGUUAGCUCUCCGUGGAGUUGUAGGAUCAGUUGUCUAUUAAACAUAUUUUUGUCAUCAGGAGUCAGAGAGUUUCUUCCUCCAAGCACUUCGGAUCAACCCAAAGUCUGCCAGUUGCCAUGGCAAUCUAGGUAAGCUCCUUCUUCUUGUACACAGUUGUUCAGAGACUGAAGGUACAUUCAGAAGUUAAAAAAGUAAUCCUGUACUAGCAGGAGCGUUAACGUGCAGCCUCAAUGACCCAUGUUGAACAAGCUAAGUAAAAACAAUUAUAAUGAUGGCUGCUUCUCAGCUUGACCACCGUUUUUCGGCCUCUUCCUCAGCUGUGCUGUAUCAUCGCUGGGGAAAGCUGGAGCUGGCAAAGAAACACUAUGAGCUGUCUCUACAGUUGGACCCUGAGGCUCCUGGGACCAGAGAGAACUACAACAUGCUGCGACGCAAACUGGACCAGCUUAAACGACACACACCCUGAGGGAGCCCACUGGGACCCCUGCCUGUCAUACAACACAUUUCCUCCAUUGUUUCCUUUUUGUAUUGUUUUAUUUCAGUAAUACUGGCUUUGUACCAUUUGGAAAUAAAGACCAUGAUCUGUGUAUCAAA